AUGGCUUUACUCAUACUAUUGGCACAUGAAAUAUGUGCUGCCACCGAGAAACCAACUUCAGAAUAUUUAUCUUCAACAGCUCCAUCUCAUUCUUCGGAAACAUCACAUGAUGACACCGAGGAACCAACUUCAGAACAUUCAUUUUCAACGGCUCCAUCUCAUUCUUCGGAAACAUCACAUUAUGACACCGAGGAACCAACUUCAGAACAUUCAUUUUCAACAGGACCAUCUCAUUCUUCGGAAAAUUCACAUUAUGACACCGAGGAACCAACUUCAGAACAUUUAUCUUUUCCGGGUCCAUCUGACUCCUGUGAAGACCGUGGUUACAUUUGCCCUCCAUUUACCGUAUGGAGUGUACCUUUGUGCAGAUGUAGAAUUUUAUGUGAUUACGCGUUGCCAUGUGGCGGCGAACAGGAAUGGGAUUUUGAAGCAUGUGAUUGUAUUCCCACUUCAUCAUAUCCACCGUCAACAGUUCCAUCAUUCAGUCCAAUUCCGACUUCAUUUCCACCUAUAUGUGAUUUAGAAUGUCCUGAAAAUUACUUUUUAGAUGACGAUUGCGUCUGUCAACGAAUUCCAUGCGAACCCAAGCCAUGUCCACCAAAUAGGUAUUGGCAUUUGAAACUCUGCAAAUGUGUCUGCAUUAAAUUAGAAAACUGUAAGCCAGGAUAUCAAUUUGAUGACGUAUCAUGUCAGUGCAUAUCGGAAUGUCCACCAGGUACUAUAUACGAUGAUGAGCUUUGUGAAUGUGUUUGCCUGCCACAAAUUUGCAAACCUGGCUACAUCUUCGAUAAUAAAUUAUGUGAUUGUGUAAAGAAAGUGGAUUGUCUUUUUGGUUACAAAUUCGAUGAAAUACGCAACGAAUGUGUUUGUAUUCCUCACCGUCGAUGUCCACCAGGCUACAUUUUCAAUCAUAUUAUUUGUGAUUGUGUUAAAGAUGUCAUACCAGAAUGUCCACCAGGAUAUAUUUAUGAUGACGAACUUUGUGACUGCGUUUGUGCUUUGAUUGAAAUAUGUGAACAUAAUUUUGUUUGGGAUGAAAAUCUGUGCAAGUGUAUUUGUCCAAGAAGUCAAAUUUGUGAUAAUGGAAUGUACUGGGAUGAACGUCAGUGCAAAUGCGUUUGUUCAAAUAUACAAAUUUGUAAAGAGCCUUUCGUUUUCUCUAAUCAAACUUGUGCUUGCAUCUGUGAUCCAUGCUUAAUUGAUUAUGAGUGUCACACUGGUCAUGUAUUCGACGACAAACUAUGUAAAUGUGUAAAGAAAGUUGAACCACAUUGUCCGCCAAAAUUCGUUUAUGAUGAAGAAGAGUGUGAGUGCGUUUGUGAAAUAAAAUAUCCUAGAUGUAUCGGCAAACAAGUCUGGGAUGAUACAAUAUGCGAAUGUGUUUGUCCACAUUUCAUUUGUACUGAAGGAUAUCGUGAUGAACGAGCUUGUCAAUGCAUUGUUAGAGUUCCUCAUUAA